UAAGAAUACAAGUCCAUCCAUAGAGCUACUUUGUCAUUAAUGACCAUUUCCAUGAAUCAAAAGAACCAACCAACCAACCAGCUUCCCUUCUAAAAUUUCGAUGAUAUAUAUAAACUCAUUGAAACUUUUUUUUUUUCUUGGUAAAACCCACAAAAGAAAAGAAAACAAUAAUUAAAAAAAAAAAAAAAAAACAAAACAAAACAAAAUAUGGUUCUUCUUCAGUUUCUUCUUCAUCUGCUCCUACUCUGUUCCAUACACAUACCAGCAUCAACGGCAAUAUUAUCAUCCAUAGCAAAGCUCAAUUGUCCAACGCAAUGCGGAAACAUUAGCAUCCCAUACCCUUUCGGAAUCGGAACCGGUUGUUACGUCGACGAAUGGUUCGAAAUCCUCUGCUUGAACAACAACACCACAGCCUUCCUGAACCGCACCAAACUUGAGGUCCUAGAGAUCUCACUCCAAGGGACCACUCUCGUGGCCAAAAACCCAAUUACUUUCUCGAAUUGCAGCAACAAGCAAACCAUUCAAAGCCCAAACUUGGAAGGAACCCCAUUUCUGUACUCGCAGAGCAACAGAUUCACCGCGUUGAGUUGCGGUGUUCUGGCGCUGAUCAAAUCUUCAGGCGGCGGCUCCGAUGAGUCGACGGUCGGCGGUUGCAUGUCUGUUUGCGAUGAGAAUAGCAUCCAUACUAGCUGUAAUGGAAUGAACUGCUGUCAAACGACAAUCCCUUCCCAUCUCAAAGCCUUUAAUACGACUUUCGAAGCCAUUGAAGCUGAGACAAGAGAAGCUUGCAAGUAUGCUUUCAUGGUGGACAAAGAUUGGAUUUCUUCAUCGAGUUGGAGAAAUUUGUCUUCGAUCAGUGAAAUGGACUAUGUUCCUGUUGUGAUAGAUUGGGAAUUAUAUCAUUCCACGUCUGAAUUAUUUGGAAAAUCUAUUGAGACAAACAGGACUACUGAGUCCACCAAUGAUUACUGUGAUAAAAUAAGUGUCUCCGAGUCAGGUGACUCGGAAGCUGAUAUAUGCAUCAGAAACUCUUAUUGCGAAACGUAUAACGAAACGUUUUCGGUUUAUAACCGGUCCAGGAUUCAAUGUUUCUGCGGAGAGGGUUUUGAAGGAAAUCCAUAUCUUGUUGAAGGAUGUCAAGAUAUUAAUGAAUGCGAGGUAAAGCCUCCGGUAUGCAUGAAUAAUGAUAAGUGUGAGAAUCGUCCGGGGACUUACAGGUGCUACUCACCAAAUAAAAAGUCUGUGCUUAAGACGGUCUACGAUGGUAUAGUCAACUUCAUGGGACUAAUAUUUCUUCUUGCUUCCCCAUGGUGGAUAAAAAAUGCUGUAAGGAAACGAAGUAGAAAACAUCUCAAGGAAAAGUUUUUCAAAAGAAAUGGUGGUUUAUUACUACAACAACAAUUGUCUUCAAACCAAACAAAUGUUGAGAAAACAAAGCUGUUCAAUUCAAAAGAGUUAGAGAAGGCCACCAACAAUUUUAGUACAAAGAGAAUUCUUGGCCAAGGAGGUCAAGGUACAGUUUACAAAGGAAUGUUGGCAGAUGGAAAAAUUGUUGCGGUCAAAAAAUCUAAAAAGGUUAGCGAAAAUAAAGUCGUGGAAUUCAUCAACGAAGUCGUCAUUCUUUCGCAAAUUAACCAUAGGAAUGUGGUUAAGCUAUUGGGAUGUUGUUUAGAGACCGAAGUUCCCAUAUUAGUCUACGAGUUCAUACCAAAUGGAACACUCUUUGACUAUAUUCACCACCAUAAUGAUGACUUUCCGCUAAGUUGGGAAACACGUUUACGAAUCGCUGUGGAAAUUGCAGGAGCUAUUUCAUACCUGCACUCAUCAGCUUCCUAUCCCAUCUACCACCGCGACAUCAAGUCUACAAACGUUCUCUUAGACGAAAAGUACCAAGCGAAAAUAGCGGAUUUCGGAACUUCAAGAACAGUUCCAAUUGACAAAACUCACCUCACAACACUUGUUCAUGGCACAUUUGGUUAUUUGGAUCCUGAAUACUUCCAGUCAAGCAGAUUUACGGAUAAGAGUGAUGUUUAUAGCUUUGGUGUGGUUAUGGUGGAGCUCUUAACGGGACAAAAACCAAUUUCCAUGAAGUCUAAAGAAGAAGAAGAAGAAGAAGAAGCUAGGAGCUUGACAAAGUAUUUUAUUGAGUGCAUGGAAGAGGAUCGUUUGUUUGAUAUUGUCGAUGGUGGAAUCAUUGAGAAGGGAAAGAAUGAUGAAGAGAUUAAGGGUGUCGCUAAUCUUGCAAAAAGAUGUUUGAAUUUGAAUGGAAGGAAUCGACCUACAAUGAAAGAAGUGGCAAUGGAGUUGGAAAGCAUUCAUAAAUCGGUUAAAGCUCAACAAAAUUUUCAGGAGGUUGAAUAUAUAAGAAAUAAAAGAACCGAGACUUGCAAUGAUGUUUCUAUCUCUGUAUGGUCAAGCUCAGAUAGCGGUUAUACUUCAUCAAUAGAUGUAGUCCCAUUAUUGUAGCGCACGCCAAAGUUAACAAUAUCUUUUCUAUUUCAGUUUAAUAUAAUUAGGAUUGCCAUGAGGUUUUUUUAAAUUUAUUUAUUUAUUUUUCUUUUUAUGAGGUAUGAAGAUUGGUUAAAGAUCUUCUAUUUUCAUUUUUCUUUCCGAUCAGAGUAGUAGAAUUUUAUCACCUUAUUUUAUAAAGCAAGUUUUUUAUUUUUUA